AUGUCAUUGCCUGAUCCUACUAAACCACGCCACUACUAUCGAGAACUGAGCAGUUCUUCAAUAAGGACGCCAUCGCAGCUUGAUGAUCCUAAAGACGAUCAUAUCACUUACGAGGACCUGGGUAAUUGUGAUGGAACCGAUCCAUUCAAGCCAACGCUCGUAGCGAUUAAAGGGAUCGUGUUCGAUGUUUCUCGAAACCCAGCCUACGGACCCAAUGGACCUUACCACGUCUACGCGGGCAAGGAUCCUUCCCGUGCCCUGGCAACAUCCAGCCUCAGACCUGAAGACUGUGUUCCCGAAUGGCAUGACCUCGAAGACCAAUACAAGACUGUCCUAAACGAGUGGUAUACUUUCUUCACCAACCGAUACAAGGUUGUGGGCAAGGUACGUCAUUUUGGUAUUGACGGGAGAGAAUUGCAAGGGUCUUUUGAAUUCUACAGAGCGAUCCCGUCUUAUGUGGUGGAAUAA